AUGAAAAGUGAUUAUUUGUAAUUAUUUACUAAACCAUCUACAAUACCAAAUUCUGGAUUAGGUGUAUUUGCAAAAAAUGAUCUUACAAAAGGAUAAAUUCUAGUAGAAUAUAGAGGAAAAAGUAAAUUACAUUAAUAUAUUAGUAAUUAAUGCAAAAUACUCUUGGGCAUAAUGUUUUAUGCUUGAAGAUAGAAUGCUUUAAAUAAAUGAAAAAUAUUCAGUUAUUGGUCGUUCAUUAUCAUCUAGAUUUAAUGAUAUUGUAAGAUUUGGUCUUUUAACACCUAUGGAAGAGUAAAGCUUAAAUUUCGGUGUUUUUCCUAUUCAUGAACAUUUAAAACAUAAUGUUGAAUUAUCAAUAAAACAUGAUAAAGCAUUUUUGGUGGCAUCAAAGAAUGUUAAAGCAGGUGAAGAGUUAUUUUUUGAUUAUUCAUUUUCUUAUUGGAAAUCAUUUUAUGAUCAAAUGAAGGCAUAUAAAGGAGAAAACUUUUUUGAUUAUUGGGAAUAGCAAAAAUAAAAACCUAUUCCAGAACAUUAUAUCAUUUGUGAUUCUGAUAUGCUAAAAUUAUAAAUAAUUGAUGGAAAAGUAUAUUCAAAAUCCACAAUAUAAUGUGGUGAAAUUAUAAUAGAAUGUAGAGGGAAAUAUUUUGAAACUGAAUAACCAGGAAGAAUAAAUCUUAAAUUAGACAAUUUAUUUUUAAGAUUAAAUAGAUUAAAUAAUGCAAUACUUUAAAAUAAAUUAUAAUCUAAAACUGAUUUGAAUGCAGAAUUAGUACUUAUAGAUAAAAAGUUCUUUAUUAAAGCUCUUACAAUAAUUGCUAAAGGUGAAGCUAUUUUUGUGGAUAAUAAUAAUUAAUGCUGA